AUGAAUGCACUCAUCUUGGAGUUGUUUGAGUUUCUCGUUGUUGAUGAUGAAAGAGAAAGAGACGAGGCGAAGUGCACUUUUUCGUUGAAAUUAAAUCAAGGUGUGCAUUAUAUCUACUCUCAAGGCAAUCUAAUGUCAUUACCCGAUGGUGAAUCAAGACUACUUCGGAACAACAGAAAUCUUAUGAUUACAUUUUGUAAAGAGGAAACUUAA